CAACCCUAUCAAAAACGGUCUCCUCACCGACCAGCCUAACUAUGAACUUAGCCAGUUCACCACCGACCCCACUGGCCAGCAUUGGCAAACAGGGCUCGGUAAAUUUUCGCCACAGCUGGCUAUACGAUAGUGGCGCGGAGGGAUCCGAUGUCGACGAUCAAACACGCCUCAUUCGUACACCCUCGGUACGUUCACAUAAAUUCAUCAUAAUACCAGCCACAUCACCCGCCCUGGGUCAACAACCAAAAUUCCCCUCCACCACAUCGACAUCGUCGCUGACAGCUUUACAAAAAUUACCAUUGCGUUCUCCGACGAAUUUAAGUUUGGCCGCACCACCAACCCCCACACAAACAUUGGCUGCCCGUGCCACACAGCAUCCCCUAUUAACGAACAGGGGCUCAGUAUCACCGUCAAUGCCUCGGUCGGAUGUUAGUUAUCAUGCGACGCAGACAACAACCGAGGUAAAUACUCGUGGAACUGCCAGUACUACGACUACUACUGGGGCCAGUAGUACUAGUGGCGGCGACGGCAGCCACCAUCCAUCAGCCAGUGUCAACCCAAGUGUAAAAUUUACAAUUGAAGACUAUGACUCGGAUAAUGCCGUCAGCGAAACAGCAACAACAACAACAAACACAGGCACGGGAACAACAUCUGCAGCGGCGGCGGCAGCAGCAGCCAAAUCCGUUGCCUCAUCAUCUACAUUAGAUGCAUUAUAUUCAUACCAAAUGCCUGCAAUCAGUUCAAUUUACUCGGGCAUCAACUCAACACAGCCAUUAACGAGCACUGGCAGUGUGACGGCAACAACGGUGACAAACCCCACACCACAGCAACAACGACACCAGCAACAAUCAGUGUCACUGUCACCGCCACCAUUCCCAUCACAGCUUAAGUCCAGUAGUCCAUCUUCACAUGCUGUGAGACCUGCCUCGGCUAUAUUUAAUAGUAUUCCGCCGUCGUUAACUGGUGCGACCGCUGCUGCUUCAUCAUCAUUAUCCACACCGCCCUCCACUUUGGGAAUUGGUUUGCGUCCGCGUAACGAUCGUAAUAGCAGUAUGCGUUCUGUGGUAUCAGCAUAUCUCUCAGAUCCAAACGAUCUGACUGUCAACAGUUUUAUACAGCAACAAGAUGAUUCAAGUUCCUAUUUAUUUCGUGAUAGUGUUGCCAAUCAAAUUUAUUCAGAUGUAACAUCAGUUCGAUCGUUGGCAUCGAUAGGAAUUGGUUCAACAGAUGGACGUAAAAUUGUCAUCAGACGUGUUCCGCAAUCGCCCACCGAAUUAUUAAAUAUUGUUAAUCCACCAACACCACAACUACCCGGUGUUGAUGAUGAUGACGAUGAAAGCUAUAUGGAUAUGUCCGAUGAUUCGAACAACUUGAAACCACGUCAACAGCAUUGGGCCAAUAAAAUGCAGUUUGUCUUAGCCUGCAUUGGUUAUUCCGUAGGUCUGGGUAACGUUUGGCGUUUUCCCUAUAUGUGUUAUAAAAGUGGCGGAGGCGUUUUCCUCGUACCUUAUUGUAUUAUUCUAAUUAUCUGCAGCAUACCAUUAUUGUUUAUGGAAUUAUCCGUUGGACAAUACACAGGCAGAGGACCAAUUGGAGCAUUAGGACAAUUAUGUCCCCUAUUUAAAGGAGCUGGUCUGGCAAGUGUAGUGGUGUCAUUUCUAAUGUCCACCUACUAUAGUGUCAUCAUUGGAUAUUCGAUUUAUUACUUUUUCACAGCCUUUAAAAGUGAAAUGCCAUGGGUGGAUUGUAAUAAUCGAUGGAACACACCCGACUGUUGGGUACCACAACGGGUGGGCGAUAAUACCACAUCGCCACCCAUGUCAAGGACACCAUCAGAGGAAUUUUUCGAGAACAAAGUAUUACAAAUUAGCCCUGGUAUUGAGUAUCCCGGUACAAUGAGAUGGGAAUUGUUUGCCUGUUUAAUAUGUGCCUGGUUGAUGGUUUAUUUUGCCACAUGGAAAUCGAUUAAAUCAUCGGCAAAGGUACGUUACUUCACUGCCACCUUCCCCUUUAUCUUGAUCAUUAUACUCAUGGGUCGUGCUGUCACUCUGGAAGGAGCCGAUGAUGGUUUGCGUUACUUUUUCCGUCCCAAUUGGGAGGAGCUGAAAAAUGCCAAUGUCUGGAUAAAUGCCGCCUCACAAAAUUUCAAUUCAUUGGGCAUAACAUUUGGUUCGAUGAUUUCCUUUGCCAGCUAUAACAAAUACAAUAAUAAUAUUUUGCGGGAUACUGUGGCCGUGAGCGUGGUCAAUGUUUUGACAAGUUUAUUGGUCGGCGUCUUUGCCUUUGCCACAUUGGGUAAUCUGGCAUUGGAACAAAAUACCAAUGUGAAAGAUGUCAUUGGUGAUGGUCCUGGCUUGAUAUUUGUCGUAUAUCCGCAGGCAAUGGCCAAAAUGCCAUAUGCCCAACUGUGGGCCGUGAUGUUUUUCUUUAUGUUAUUGUGUUUGGGUUUGAAUUCGCAGUUUGCUAUUGUCGAAGUUGUUGUCACCUCAAUACAGGAUGGUUUCCCCAAUUGGAUUAAGAGACAUUUAGGUUAUCAUGAAAUUGUAGUUUUAAUUGUAUCGGUUAUAUCGUUUCUAUUUGGAUUGCCAAAUUUAAUACAGGGUGGUAUUUAUUUCUUCCAACUGAUGGAUCAUUAUGCUGCCUCUGUUACCAUUAUGUUCUUGGCGUUCUGUCAAAUGAUAGCAAUAGCCUGGUUUUAUGGUACCGGACGUCUAUCGAAAAAUAUCAAACAAAUGACUGGUAAGGCACCAUCACUAUAUUUAAAAUCAUGUUGGAUAUUAUGUGGACCUUGUUUGCUGUUUGCCAUUUGGAUAUUGAGUUUAAUCAACUACAAAGAACCUAGCUAUCACAAUGGACGUUACACUUAUCCCGAUUGGGCUUACGGUAUUGGUUGGAUGUUUGCAUCAUUUUCAUUGGUUUGUAUACCGGGUUAUGCGUUGCUUAAUUUGUAUAGGGCACCUGGUCGUGAUAUACAAGAGCGUUUACAAAAUGCUUUACGUCCCAACAUAUACGAGUGCCGAAUUUGUGGUGAACACCACUGUGAACAUGACUUCCCGGAACAAGAACAAUAUAUGUUGGCCCAAGAAUUGGCUGGUGUUUAUAAACCCACAGUUGUAGCACCCCAACAUGUAAAUGCUGCGGGACAAAAAUCUGGUUAUAAUCCAAUGCAUUUGCAUGUACAAAUGGAAAAGCCGCAAGACGCUGCACCAACACGAGAUGUUGUCCAAGAAAUGCCUACAACUUCAUCAACAAAUACCGAAGGUUUAAAAGAUGGCCAACAAAGAUGA